CUAGUACUCUCAUUUCUUAGAGCCAUGGCUUCCGUGAUCAGAGCCUUGGCUGUGUUGGUGGCGACGAUGGCCGUGGUGCUGCAGGUUUCAAAUUCCACUGUACACAAGGUUGGAGACUCGGCUGGAUGGACCACCAUGGGAAAUGUCAACUACAAAGAAUGGGCUGCUACUGAGAGCUUCCGAGUUGGAGACGUUAUCAAAUUCACAUACAAUGCUCAGUUUCACAAUGUACUUCGAGUUACACAUGCCAUGUACAGGUCCUGUAAUGCUACAGUCCCCUUGGAAUCCUACAGCACCGGUAACGACUCCAUCGCAAUCAAGACCAAAGGCCACCACUUCUUCAUUUGCGGUGUUCCCGGUCACUGUCAAGCCGGUCAGAAAGUCGACAUCCAUGUCCUCAAUGUAUCAGUCGCUGUAACUCCUUCUGCAUUACCUGCUCCUACUCCAACUACUGCCGCCAAGACUCCCGCACCAUCUCCAAGUACGGCUGCUCCGCACAAGUUUGUGAAGGGACAAUUUGCGUUGCUAGGAUUGUUUACAGUUGCAACUCUCGCAUUUGUUGUUUCUGGUUAAGAGUUGGUUGGUGUGUCCCUCAAGUUUCUUGACUGCUUUAUUAUGAGCAUUUGAGUUUUGUUUUUUAAUUACUAUAUUGGUGCGAAUAGUAGUGAAAUUUUGGUUCUUGAAAUAUGAGAGGAGCUAGAGUGUACGGGUAUAAUGGAUUACAACAGUUUCAAAUAAAUUUCAGUAAAAAAUCUCCGUUUAUCCUUUCA